CCACACUCGUUAUCACACUUUUCCUUUGUCAUUUGUAGUAUUUUCUUUCCGUCUGUCCAACAUGCACAUUUCCAAAGCCUCCCAGCUCAUGGCCCUCCUGGUCAUCGGCGCCCCCGUGUUGGCCUUUACCCCCAAGGGCGACAACCCCAUGGUGGCCCAAUCGCCUGACCCCGGCGCCCAGGCUGAUGUUGCUGGCUCUCCCAAGGUUUCCAGCCCCGCCCAGGAGAACUGGAAGCUGGUCAACGGCAGGGUGGUGAUGAAGCAUCCCGCCGCUCGCCCUGACCUCGGCACUGAGGACAAGCCCAAUCGCCUUGUGGCUCGGCGCACCAGGUAUGACAGCGACAACGACGACGACGACGACGAUGGUCCCAUCCCCGGAUCUCCGCCUCACAACCGCAGGCCAAAGGGCGGAGUCGCAAGGGGCGGACCCUCGCAGAAAAAGCCCAAUCGCCUUGUGGCCCGGCGCACCAGGUAUGACAGCGACAACGACGACGACGAUGACGAUGGUCCCAUCCCGGGGUCCCCCCCUCACAACCGCAAGCCAAAGGGCGGCUUCGCCAGGGGCCGAGCCUCGCAGAGGAAUGCCAACCGCCUCGUGGCCCGAGGUGGCGACGACAACGACGAUGACGCCGUCCCGCCGUCCUCCCCAAAGUCCACCCGCCGCCCUGGCGACAAGCCAAGGUACCUGAAGGGUUAUGCCACGGGCAAUCACGCCAACCACGGCAGCCCGAAGGGCCAACACCAGUGAGGACCCGCAAACUAAGACAGGCGCCUUGCAGCCAGUUGCA